AUGUCAAACCUUCCCACCAAGGACGACAUCAAGGCCCAAGCCGUCGACGGCCGCCCCAUCACCCAAACCGAGGCUGCAGCCAUUGCUUCGGAAGAGUCUAGCUUGACAGGUGGUGGUCCCAUCAAGGGUGGCGCGGCUGCUACUGCUCAAAGUAUGCACGAUAGACAAAAGAACUUUUUGGAAAAGGCUGGCGAUGUUGUGAGGAAGGCUCCCACUGAGGCUCGGGCAAAGGGCGGACCUCCUGGAAAGGGAUCGACAGCUGCUGAUGUGCAGUCUGUUGCCGAUACAAAUGCUCAAGCAUAA